GUAUAACCCAUCGUGACAAUAUUAACUUGUGCGCGUGGCGUGUGCGUAUAAAAGCGCCGUCACCUGCCGACUUGAUGUGUCACCGCAUCCUCGGGCCGAUUCUCUGCACAUCUCCAGCGCCAAAGCACCUUUGAGGAACCCUGCUCGGGCUCGAACAGCCAUGUUGCCCCGUCCAACACCAGGCCCUCUCUGCCUGGGCCUCCUUCUCGUCCUGUGGUGCCGCCCCCCGCCCGUCCUCUCCUGUCGCGUGAACGGCACACUGUGUCAGUCCGCUCCCUUCGUGCCGGGUUACAACCUGGCGGGGGUGGGCUUCGACCUGGUCACCCUGAAGCGGAAAGGUGCCUACGUGAUCGACCUGAAGACCUACCUCAACUCGGACGGCACCUGUAAUGUUCGGAGCAACCCCCUUCAGGGCAGUUACCUGCAGAAACUGCCCCUCUCUGCGGUGGACUGGCGCGUGGCCAGCCGCUGCAGCACUACCGUCCACAGCAGUCUGGACACCUCCACCAGCUCAAUACUUCAGCGACUCAAUGACCAGGAAAGCAGAAGCUGGAAGACGGGACUAAAUUUGGAACGCUAUGUUAGCGUUGGCCUGGAAGUGGGGGGAACACGUGCCGCUGCAUACAACUUCGUUGCAACCAGGGCCAAAGAGGACCGCUACACCUUCAGCACUCACACAGUCACCUGUAGCCAUUACAGUUACCGCGUGUCAACAAAACCGCCGCUAAGCUCUGAGUUCAGUAGGGAUUUGGAAAACCUGCCCAGUUCCUACAGCGCCUCAACAAGUGCCCAAUACAGAAGGCUCAUUCAGACCUAUGGCACACAUUUUAUCCACCAGGUUUCUCUUGGGGGGCGAUACAGGAGAGUCUCAGCAACACGCACCUGUUUGUCCAGACUGAAUGGCCUCACCUCAUCCCAGGCGCACAGCUGUAUGUCUCGGGGUGUCAGUGUCGGCCUUGGGAUUGUUGGUGUGACCCUUGGACUACAGUCCUGCUCCGCGGUCCUUAACAACAAGGACGUCGCCACUUCGUACAGCUCACAGCUCCACCGGCAUUACACGGACGUCGUGGGAGGCAAAGGUUGGACCGGGGAGUUUGCGCUCGGCCGAAACGACUCACUCGGCUACAGAAAUUGGCUGAAAACCCUCAGGGACCACCCUGAUGUCGUCAGCUACUCCCUACGGCCAUUGUUCGAGCUGGUGCCCAAGCUGACACAGAGGAACGGACUGAAGGCUGCCGUAGAGCAGUACUUAAACGACAACGCCGUCAAGACACCGACCAGACAACCGCAAUGCGGCACCAAUUACCCGAACCUGGAUUCCAGCUGCUGCCCUAAACAGGCCUGGAGGGGAAAUCUAGUGGUGACCAUCGUGCGGGCCUGGAAUCUGAAAGGAGAUUUUCGGAGCACAACUGAUUCGUUUGCCAAGAUGUGGUACGGCUCCUUCACGCGUACAACCCGUGUGAUCAAAUCAAACUACCCUUGGUGGAACGCACGUUAUGAUGUCGGCAAUGUGGACACACAAUUGAGUCUGAAGAUUGAGGUCUUGGAUAAAGAUUAUUGGUAUGACGACAGUCUGGGAUCAUGUGUGCGGAGCCUGAGCCAGGGGACUCACUCAUUCAGCUGCCCAGCCAAGAGAGGCGGCAUCCAGAUCAAGUACACCCUCACCUGUGAUCGGCACCUGACCGGAAGCAGAUGCCACCAGUACAAACCAACUCCGUAAUGCGACACGCAUUCUGGGUGGCACGUGUAAAAUACGAUCCAUUCAUUACUUCUUCUUUUUUGAAAUGCGGUGAACAAGACACACAGUUACACUAUUUGGUUUCCAAUUUUAAAGAAUCAUUAACUCACAUAUGUAUUUAUAUAUAAAUAUAUUUGGACUUAGUGGUCCUGUUUACGCCUCUUUUGAUUCUGGUGGUGGUGCCACAUUUGUGCUUUUGUCAUAUGAAUUCUCAGCACAAUCCUUGUUCCAUCACUUAUUAGAGUGACUAUUUUUCUCUUGUCUUUCUCGUGCCAAUAAAGACUUUGAAAGCAUUAAACCAACA